AUGGGCGUGGAUGGAAAAGGCGAAGAUGGUAAAAAGCACCGGCUGCUCGACACAGGUCGGUGCCAGCGUGGCGUAAAACGACCUGCCGAGAGAACUGACACCGAGAGACCAUCCGAGGUGGCGAUCGUGGCUACUGCGGCUGUUGUCGUGGAGGGCGAUAAUGAUGUUGAUGCGGCAGUUGUCUCAGAGUCGCUUGUGGCAGCGUCGAAUGAUGGCAUCUCGAAGAGUGUGCAGCAGGAGGGGGAGAGAGGUGUGCGGUUGCGGCUCGAAGAUCCCAUUUACCGAAUCAUGCACGCGUUGCCGCGGUCAGACGUUCUUGAAAUUUUCAAGUGUCGUUUUAAAGGUGAGGAAUGUGAGCGGGCCGUGGUAUACUUUGAUGACGCGUUUAUGAAAAACCCACUGCGUAAGCUUCGUCUACAAAUCGGCUGUGAUCGGGUCACGGGGCUUCACCUCUUCUUUCCCAAGUUGCAUCAUCAUAGAAACACGUUGCGUCUUCUUGAUUUGUCGCGUAACGACAUGGAUGAGGACGACGUGGCGACGCUGACGCAACUGCUCGAGCUUCGCGGCGAAUCACCGUCAUGUGGUACGUCGUCACUUUUGGAGGUGCUGGAUUUAAGCUACAACCGCCGUAUCGGAAACCGUGGGGCCUUGUUUCUUCUUGCAGCUUUACGCCACAAUGAUCGGAUCCGCGCCGUAAUUUUAAAAGGGAUAUCCGUAGACGAUAGUGGUGCCGUUGCUGUGGCGCCGUUUUUACGGCAACGCCCUCUGCCUCGAAUGGCGGAUGACGACGAGGGUGUGACUUUUCAGGAAACCUCCUCGCGUCGGCUCCCCACUUUUUUUUUGAACUUAAAUGAAAAUCGCAUUGGUGCUGCAGGAACAGUUGUUUUGGGGAAAGGACUUCCAGCACACGUAUCCCUUACGGUAUGCAGGCAGCGCCCUUUUUGCAAUAAAAAAGGGCCCUUGCUAUAG